AUGGAAGGCUACUAUCCUCCCAACCAGCUACCUCCUCAGGAGCAGCAGCGGCAGCAACAAAACAAACUGAACCACCAGCAUCAGCAGCAGCAGCAGCAGCAGCAGCAGCAGCAGCAACCCUCCCCCAGCAUGGGCAUGUCACGCUCCAACGCAUUCGACGGCCAAAUGAUGGGCAACCCGACCCUACUUCAGCGCCGUGCUAGCGCGUCUCUUGGUUUCGGACCUCGGCAGCUGUCGGACGAGGUAGACGCCAGACGCAUGUCAUUGGCGGCAGAUCAAGGAUCCAUGAACCCGCCCGCCGCAACAGGGCCUGGCAGUUUCAUGGGGUUUCAGCCUUCAGAGCAGCAGCUUAACAACUUUUCCAUGCUAGAUACUUCCAGCUUGAGCAGCAUGAUACCUGAUGGCAAUCAUUUCCCAAAUCUGUCUCCCGAUGCCAUGCGCAACCUGGUAUCUGCGCAAUUUGCCGACAUUAGCAUGGGAGCAAUGUUUCCCAAUGCUGACCCAGGCUCGAGUACCGUACUCGGGGGGCAGACUUCACCAAACGCCAUGCAGCUUUCUAUGUCCCCCAACGACGCUAUGCAAUUCAAUAAUGCUGCGCAAUAUAACGCCUUCACGGAUCCUCAAGACAGUGCAGUUUCUGCCACGCUCCAAAUGAAUCAGCUGGAAACAGGCCUGAACACAACUCAUGAUUCAAGGCCCGGCGCGACUGCUCCUGCUGCUGAUCCAGUGAUACCACUCAUCCCCCGCCAUCAAUCAUCAACCGGUCCCGUCGUUUCUCCCGUCCAAGAAAAGCCUUCUUUGCCAGGGAUGACUCAACCAUCAUCUGUGGCCACGACUCCAAAUGCUUCAGCGAGUUCCAAGGAGCUUCGGGAGAGGUCAAUCUACUCCAAAAGUGGUUUCGAUAUGCUCAAGGCCCUGUGGCUCGUUGCGUCCAGGAAGAACCCCAAAAUUCACCUAGGAGCAGUUGACAUGUCGUGUGCAUUCGUUGUGUGCGACGUCUCUAUGAACGACUGCCCGAUUAUAUAUGUCUCCGAUAAUUUUCAAAACUUGACUGGGUACAGUAGCCAUGACAUUGUUGGUCAAAACUGCCGAUUCCUUCAAGCGCCUGAUGGGAAAGUGGAGGCUGGGACUAAGCGCGAAUUUGUCGACAACGGCGCUGUCUUCAACCUGAAGAAGAUGAUACAGGAGAGGCGAGAAGUCCAACAAAGUCUCAUCAAUUACCGCAAAGGCGGCAAGCCUUUUCUCAAUCUUCUGACGAUGAUUCCAAUACCUUGGGAUACGGAUGAAGUCCGCUACUUUAUUGGCUUCCAGAUUGACUUAGUCGAGUGUCCUGAUGCCAUUGCUGGUUCUGAAUUCGGUGGUGUUGCCGUCAACUACAAGCAUACCGAUAUUGGUCAGUACAUAUGGACACCGCCUUCUUCCGCGUUCUGGGAAGCCGAUAACAGUCAGACCUUGGGCGUUGAUGACGUAUCAACCAUCUUGCAACAGUUCAACGCGAAAGGUAUCGCGUCAGACUGGCAUCGUCAGUCAUGGGACAAGAUGCUUCUCGAGAACUGCGACGAUGUGAUACACGUGCUUUCUCUCAAGGGCCUCUUCCUCUACCUCUCCCCAGCCUGCAAACGCGUCUUGGAAUAUGAUGCCACGGAAUUAGUUGGUAAUUCGCUGUCAUCUAUAUGCCAUCCAUCCGACAUCGUUCCAGUUACUCGAGAGUUGAAAGAUGCGACCACAGGUGAUCAAGUCAAUAUUGUUUUCAGGAUUCGAAGAAAGCAGACCGGGUACACGUGGUUCGAGAGUCAUGGGUCUCUGUACGUUGAGCAAGGUAAGGGCCGCAAAUGCAUCAUUCUUGUCGGCAGAAAAAGGCCUGUAUUUUCUAUCAGUCGCCGAAAUAUUGAAUCCAAUGGCGGUAUUGGGGAUAGCGAAAUGUGGACGAAACUGUCAACUUCCGGCACUUUCCUCUACGUAUCGUCGAACGUGCGAUCCCUUCUUGACUUGCAGCCAGAAUCGCUUGUCGCCACAAGCAUUCAAGAGCUAAUGCGCAAAGAUUCGAGACCCGAAUUUGGCCGCACAUUGGAGAAGGCGCGACGCGGAAAGAUCGUGACCUGCAAACACGAAGUCCUCAACAGACGAGGCCAAGGCCUGCAAGCUCAAACUACACUCUAUCCUGGCGACGCUACUGAGGGACAAAAGCCGUCUUUCUUACUCGCCCAGACAAAGCUGUUGAAAGCAUCGUCAAGAGCCUUAGCGCCCGCCACUUCAGCAGGUUCUACUACCAGUAAAUCGGUGCAUGGCCAAAUCUCCCAACCCGGAGGUGGUGGCUUAGCUCUGGGAAACCAGGACGAAGCCCUUGCAUCUGAUGAUAACAUAUUUGAUGAACUGAGGACAACAAAAUGCUCCAGCUGGCAGUUUGAGCUGCGUCAAAUGGAGAAAGUAAACCGAAUCUUAGCUGAAGAACUCGGCGGCUUACUGUCUAGCAAGAAAAAGAGAAAGAGGCGCAAGGGGGUUGGCAACGUAAUUCGCGAUUGUGCCAACUGCCAUACGCGCAAUACACCAGAGUGGCGUCGAGGACCGAGUGGCCAGAGAGAUCUUUGCAACAGCUGUGGCCUGCGUUGGGCUAAACAAAUGGGUCGGGUUUCCCCACGCAACUCAGUUCGUAACGGCGAUUCUCAAGGCAGACAGUCUGUCUCGCCGAUACACUCGUCGCCAAUACACAAGGACGUGCCUGCAAGUGCAACCACAUCUGACAAUCAAGCCAAGAGAUCAGUGACAACGGACGCCGCCGCCACUGCAGACGCUACGUCUCCCUCCGCAGCCAACCAGCCAGCAAGUCGCGCAACCAGCGCUGGUACUGCGAUGGCUUCGAUUCAGGAAGAGCGAGAGACUAGCUCGACUUGA